AUGACCGACUCUUCAAGCUCAACAGCCCCUGCAGGCGGCAAGCCUGCGGCUGCUCCCAAGCCGCCUAACCCGGUCUUCAAAAUGAUGGGACUGCCCAACAUCCGCUUCAAACUCCCCUCUCGAAACUGGAUGAUUUUCCUCACCAUCACCGGAUCCUUGACCAGCGCAAUCGUCUACGACCGACGUGAGAAGCGACGCGCCCAACAGAAGUGGUGUGACCUCGUGGCUCAUCUUGCAAACGAGCCUCUGGAGGUGAAUCAAAUGCGCCGGAAAUUGACCGUUUACCUUGCGGCUCCCCCCGGUGAUGGUCUGCGUAUCGCCCGUGAUCAUUUCAAAGAAUAUGUCAAGCCGAUCUUGACCGCCGCAGCUUUGGAUUACAACGUGAUCGAGGGACGCCGGGAAGGAGAAGUGCGCGCUGGCGCCGCGGAGCACAUUCGCAAAAUCCGGAGAAAGGCCGGCGAACAAACCACCGUUGUGGAAGAGCCGAGCGUGGAGACCGUUGUUCUGGAGGCGCGAGAGAAGAUCGGCGUAACCGACGAACCCGGCCCCAAGGGUGAUUUGGUGAUUGGCCGACACACCUGGAAGGAAUAUGUCCGUGGAUUGCACGAGGGUUGGUUGGGUCCUCUUGAUCCGCCGCUCGCGCCUGUCGAAGAGGCAGUUGCUGUUCCGGAGGGUGCUGAGGAGACUAUGAAGGACAUUGCCACGGGCGACCAGCCUAGCCCGUCGCCAACCGACACGCAAGAAACUCCCGAGACCAAGCCCGAUGAGGCUAACAAUGGCCAAGUCACCAAGCUCGAAGAUAUCAAGGUUGACGACACCAAGACUGAAGAGCCAAAGGCCGAGCAGGAAGAGAAGGAAAAGCCCUCUAAGCCUACCGGCCCUAAGCCCGCCUACAUCACCACCGCCGAUUACCCUACUGCUCAACUUCCCUCCACUAUCCCCCAGUCCCUCGACAGCUCUAUCCCCAUUGAGUUCCCUCACAUCCUGGGCUUCACGAACACCCCUAUCCGUAUGUAUCGCUACUUCAACCAACGUCAUCUCGCCGAGAGCAUUGGCCGUGAUGUUGCCAGCAUUGUCCUGGCCUCCGACGCUCGUCCCUACCGCAAUGAAACCCUCGGCUUCGAUUCCGAGCUCAGCGGAGCUUCUAUCGAUGCGACUCCUUCCUCUUCGCCCGAUGACUCCAGCGCAGAAUUGCCCCACGGCAACCACGAGCUGCAGACUGUUCUGGCGAAGGAAGAGAAAGAAUGGCACAAAUCUAUCUACAACCCAAUUGACGAGGACAGAGAGCGCGUGUGGAUCAAUGACAUUGCUCUGGACUCGCGCAUUUCUUCGCGCAUGAAGCACUCCCUCCUCUCUGCCGAAGACGAGGCUCGCUCACAGCGCAUCGCCGAGCAGAAGGAAUACAUUCUCGGCGAAGAGCGUCCUGUGCCUGUUUCAUUCUGGAGAAGUAUGUGGAUCAACUACGGCUAUGGUGAGGACGAUGAGACCAUCCGCCGCAAACCCAUCCUAGGUAACAUUGAUGGCGAAGAUGAUGCAUGA